AUGAGAAAUGUGAGAUGCUUCAGAAACUCAAACUCCUUGGGAUGUGAAGAAGAGAGCUUUAGAAAAUAUCUACUCAAGCAUACAUCAUCAUGUAAUAUGACUUUUUGGCACCGACCAAAUGAUAAAUCGAUAGCUUUUUGUAUACUCCCACAUGUCUGCUGUCGAACUGAGCAGAUGCUCGCUAAAUAUCAUGCCAUGGGAAAGCGAGGAAUUCCUUGCUGCUACGGCUUAAAUGAUGUAUCUAAUAAGACUUAA